GUACUUAAAUGUCUCCAAUUUCUUUAAAUGUGUACUCUUGAGUGUGCUUUGCUUACGUGCGUAAAUCACUGAAUUAGUCAAAUGUCGGGGAACAGAACAAUGUCACUUACCUCCCUUUUGCACAGACACACCCUGAUGGCACAAUCAAUUGUGUUACAUGUGUGAGGACAAAACCGGGAGGAGCGUGGGGGGAGUGAUGAGAGUAACUUGCAUACAUAGCAGCAUUCAUGCUGUUCAUAUUGACAUGCAUGCAAAGAUAUUUAAUAUUAGUUUUAAUAUUUAAUAUAUACAAUUUAAACGGUACUGCUUUUACAUGCAUAUGCCGUUUUAUUGCCACGAUGAGAAUCCGGCCAGCACUGACACUGUUCCCAUGGUAACCAGGGCACACCCAUCCCGAUUACAUCAGAGCUAUCUGCUGUACCACCAUGGUACCUUGUAGAACAUGAUGGGGGGGAGAAACAUCCUCCCUCUGUUUGCAUCCAGAGAGCAUCAUCAUCACCUCCCGACUGGCCUCUGAUUUUAAAUGCCGAUUUUAGAAGUUUCCAAUGUCAGAAUACCAGUUGGUUAUUAGCCCUAUGGCUGCAUGAGCAAUUUGAUUAUGUAACCACAUUGAUGUCAAUUUAAAGUUAUCCGGUAGGAUGCAUCCACAAACCAUAGCGAUUGUUGAAUCCCGCGUUUCAAAUAGUGGCCUCCGCUGGUAAAAGAUGCUGUGCGCCAAUUCACAGGAGUUGAGUAAAUAAAGCCUCAAUGAUGGUGUUACGUCAUUCUAUAUGCGCUACAACUGACUCACUGAUCUUAAACCGGACAAGUGUUUGAAGUGAAGCAGCUACAUCCACUUCUCCAUAAUGAUAGGAUCUCACAUACAUGCAGUGGGGGGCACAUGUAAAUGCAUGUCCUUGUUAAAUGCGUAAGGUAUGUUUAAAUAUGGCAGACGCAUAGCCUGGUGAAAUCUUGCUGCCUCUGUAUUAAUGUUUUCAAAGUUAUCAGUGAUUGCAUCAUUAAUGUGUACAAGAUUAUUAAGAUGUUUAGAUAUAUAUUUACAUGACAUGGUGCAGUCACUCCUUGUCAUUUUGAUGCAUGUGUCAGAUAUAAUGCAAAGAGGGCAGGAGGGAAUUAAGAUGAAUCACACUAAAAUUAUACUCCACUGUGAAUGUUGGCUUCUGUUGUGUAUUACCGGGUUUUCCUUACAAACUGCUAACUAUUCUAUCAGUCGCAACGUUGAGUAGAACCAACGUUGUUGGACUAGUAGUUGAGAAAGCUAAUAAACAUGUAUAACACAUCUCAGUGCAAUACUGCAAACUGCAUCUACAAAACAAUAUUCAACAAAUUAACACUGUCAAUCAAAAUUGAGCAAAAUAAUUUUGUAAAAGGUAAUUUUAUGCAUAGAUUGUGCAAGUGUAGCUAAUAUUGUGGUGAGUAAAUUGUGUUCAUAAAUCUAUUUUAUAUGAAAGUUGGAUGUUUCAAAGGGCAACAUGUCCAAGUCCUACAUUUUAAACUUUUUGGCAGCAGAAGUCCCAUUGCAUGUUUGCACACUUGGGCUGAUGACUUGUUUGAGGCCACAAGGAUGUCUUCAGUGAUUUAAUGAGGUCAGGCUAAACUAGUUUCACUUCAGGAAAAAAAAAAGAGAAGGGUGGGAGGGAUUCUUAUUCUUGUCACGGGUGAUAAUCACUUGCUCUGUUUUCUUUAUGUAUGAUGACGAUGGGCGCUAAUAGCUAACAGGCCCCUCAAUGGCACAACAGUCAUUCUGUACGAAAUGACGAAAGCGUUGUCUGUUCAAUUUGUGUGUUUGUAUAUAUUAAGUCAUAAGACUGACCUCCUCUCCUCAUCCCUUUACAUGCAGGUUGAGUCAUUGUACUGGUAAGAGACCUCUGCUAACCUGCCUUUGUCCCUUUGUUUUCCACAGUAAAAGGGAGUGGCAGUCUUGAUCUUUACGGGGGUGCACACUCAUUAUGUCCCUAUGGAUCCCCAGAUUCAGACCAACUAAAUCUCUGCCAAAGAACACCUCCCCCCCACUCCUUUUCUCCAAUCUCUCGGUGAUCAAAUGGAGCGAAUAUGGUAGCUAUGGUAACUGCAUCAGGCAGGUGCUCGGCAGACUAUUUCCACCAAACCAUUGUGAUGUAGCACCCGUAAAUGGCCACUGUAUGUGCGCGUCUUUAGAAGGGAUUCAAUUUGAAUGUUAAAGCAUCAAAUGGUAGUUUUAAAGUGUUGGUUUUAAACUCUGCCACGAGACCGCAGUGCUGCCCGAGCUUAAAAGACCAUAUCGAAAUGGGAGUGUGUGUGCUGGAUUGCAUUGUGCUUCUUUGCCAACCCAACCCAUAGACGCCCCCCUUAAAGCGCUGUCACUCAUCAGACAGCUGCUGAUUGGCUCGUGCGGUUGUAGAACCUCCUUUCCUCUGCAAUGUGUGCGUGCGUGUGUGAAGGGGGGGACAAACGCACCCCCCCCCCCCCCAACACUCUCCUUUUGUCCGUGAAUAAAGCAGCUGCCUCUUUCCCUGUUCAGCCAUGGGAGCCGCAGCUAUUGACCUGCUCUACUGGAGGAAUGUGAAGCAGUCAGGGGCCGUGUUCAGCGGCGUGCUUCUUCUCCUCUUCUCCCUGACCCAGUUCAGCGUGGUCAGUGUUGGGGCCUACUUAGCCCUGGCUGCCCUCUCUGCCACCAUCAGCUUCCGCAUCUACAAAUCUGUGCUCCAGGCUGUGCAGAAAACGGAUGAGGGGCAUCCUUUUAAAGGCUACCUGGAGAUGGAAAUCUCUCUAUCCCAGGAACAAAUUAGCAAAUAUGCUGACAAAAUCCUGCUCUACACCAACACCUGCAUGAGGGAGCUGCGCAGGCUUUUCCUUGUUCAAGACCUGAUUGACUCUUUCAAGUUUGCUGUGCUGAUGUGGCUUCUGACCUAUGUGGGCGCUCUCUUCAACGGCCUGACACUGGUCAUCCUAGCUGUGGUCUCCAUGUUCACCAUGCCCGUGGUAUAUGAGAAGCAUCAGGCACAGAUAGAUCAAUACGUGGGACUAAUAUGGACCCAUGUCAACUCUGUGGUGGGGAAGAUACAAGCAAAGAUCCCUGGGGCCAAGAGAAAGGAGGAGUAGAUCCACAAGUUUCAUGGAGGACGCUCGCUCAUGCUUGAAGAGCGCGGUCACCGUCAAAGGGGCAUCACGCUUUGUCAUCUUGGUAUUCUCUAAAAGCAUCCACUAGAGAAGCCUUCACCCUGUCUAGAGCAGUGUAAACACUAAUAAAACACACAAUCACAUUCAUAACGCCUCUAGGUAUACAAGUUCACAACUCAAAAAACUAAAGAGACAAUACUUGUUUGUGUUUAUUAUUCAAAAAAGCAUGAAGUCGAGCUUUGGGUAAAUAUUUGCUAUAUUUUGUGCCGUUUUGAAAACCACGCCUAAUUUUAGCUUUUGCAGUGUUCACCACAAACCUGUAUGGUGUGGCACAAAAAAAAAUACAGCUAAGUGGCCACAGUUUUGCUCUGCUGCCAAUGUUCGCUGCUUCAUGUUCAAGUAAGCAGAUGGGGCUUCUCACAGUGUGUGUGUGUGCACACACACACACACACUGAGUCCCCUCCGAAAGUAUUCUAAUGGCAAGGUAUAUUCCUUUGUUUUUGUUGUAUAAUGAAGACUUCUGGGUUUCAGAUCAAAAGAUGAAUAUAAGACAAAAGUUCAGAACGCCAGCUUUCAUUUCAUUUACAUCUAGAUGUGUUAAACAACUCAGGACAGAGCACCUUUUGUUUAAAGCCACCCACUUUUCAAGUGAGCAAAAGUAUUUGUAGAGACUAAAGAGAUUAAAUUAACUUAAAAGUGAAUAACAUUUCAUAUUUGGUGGCAUAACGCUUACUUGCAAUAAAUGCAUCAAGCCUGCGACCCAUUGACUUAAUUUGAAAUGCUUUUCCAGGCAUUUACUGCAGCCUCUUUCAGUUCUUGCUUGUGAGGGUUUCUCCCUUCAGUCUCCUCUUCAGGAGGUAAAAUCCAUGCUCUAUUGGCCUGAGGCCUUUUGAUUGACUUGGACUUCAUCAGGGUGGAAAAGUGGAAGGUCUUAGACUGGCUAAGUCUAUCACUGGACCCAACCUGAGUUGUUUAACACAUCUCGUUGUAGAUACCAUGCAAUAAGAGCUGGAAUUCUGAACUUUUGAUCUGAAACCCAAAAUAAAAAAUAAAAAAAACCUAAGGAAUUGACCUUGCCGUUCCAAUACUUUUGGAGGGGACUGUAUAGACGAUUUCCUUUUGGUGUUUCCAAGCACAAACUAAUUUUAAAAUAUGCGUCUUAGAUGUGGUAUUAUAGCUUUUUGCUUUUGUAUACCAAUAAGGAACAACACACAUGCUAAUGUUGUGGGUACUGUUGUACAACUACUAUGAAGACAAGGGGUAUCUGGUGAUAACAAGCUUGUUUGAAUAACUGUCCAACUUUGUACUAUGUUCUACUAUACUGUGUAGUUCCCUAGACCCUGAACUCUUAACUAUUUGCACUUACACUAUGUAUUUAAAUACAAGAACAUGACAAAAUAAAUGUACCUUGAUGGAUAACAUU